AUGAGCAAGCACAAAUCAGAUUUCUUAUCACGCAUCAAGAGCGGGUUUCGCUCCUCCAAAGCGUCCCAAAUUGACGCCCCCGACUCGAGUCGUUCCAGCGGCAUGGCAGAACGCAGCCGGGGCUCGAGCCCGCACCCAAAGUCGAAAACAGAUGAUCAUGGAUUCCUGGAACUUGCAACUGGGUCUGAUCCCGACGUCGACAUCGUCGCCAUCCAUGGCUUGGACGGUCACAGAGAAAAGACAUGGACGGCAGGGACGAAUAGUACUAGGAUUUUGUGGCUUCGUGACCUCUUACCACUCGAUUUACCCAAGGCACGAGUGCUCACAUAUGGAUAUGAUGCGGAUACUCGCAGCCGGGAAUGCGUCUCAACGAAUACGAUAUACGGACAUGCCGAAAAGUUCAUUCAGGAGCUCUCAAGAGAACGCAAUGGUGCUCCUCGACGGCCGAUUCUCUUCGUAGCCCAUAGUCUUGGUGGUAUCAUUCUGAAGCAGGCACUUAUUAUCUGCCAUGCUCAUGGCUCAAACUCGAAAAGCCAUUACCAUGAUAUCCUCGUCUCGACUCAUGGCAUUCUCUUCUUUGGGACUCCCCACUCGGGCACAAACGGCGUCGCACUCUUGCAAAUCGUGAACCAACUUCUGUCAGUCUACAUGAAGACAACAGAUAUCAUCCUCCAGCAUCUCCAGGAAAACUCAUCAGAGCUAGAGAAUAUACAGAAACAGUAUCUGUUGGCUAGUGAGACGGUCAAUGCUGUCUGCUUUUACGAGGAGUAUGCGACUCCUAUCUUUGGAGGGCGACAAGAAUUGGCAAGAGGUCUCAAUAUAUUGUACCGCGGCAAGCAGCUACUCUUGCCGGCGAUCGGCAAGCGACUCAAGAGGGACUUCGCGCUGACCAUUGCCAGAUGGUCAAGUUCCUCAACAGGACUCAGGGCGACUAUCGACUGGAUGAAAGAAGCACCUAGCUCGAUAGAAAAGAAAUGGUCUCUAGAGGAUGCUGUUCGAGCUACUAAGCAAGGCGUGCCGACUUCGUCACCCAAAACCAACCUACCAAAGCCUCCCCCCGCCGUCUCGAGGAACUAUAUCGAGCGUCCAGAGAUCCAGUCGAGAAUGACCCAGUUGCUUCUUCCUAGUGGCGAGAAGCGUCAUCAGCCACGCUGUAUUCUACAUGGAAUAGGAGGAGCCGGCAAGACUCAGCUUGCGGCAAAUUGGAUCAGACAACACGGCAAAAGCUUUGAUCGGAUAAUCAUCGUCGACGCCACCAGCAAGGAACAGCUUGAGGCCGACUUACAACGCGCAAUCCGUGCAAUCGGUCCUGAAUACGCCAAUUCAACAUGGGAGGAUACUGUUGCCUAUCUCGAGGGCGUGGCAAGAGGGUGGUUGCUAUUCUUCGAUAAUGCGGACUCACCAAAGCUCGACCUUGACCCAUACAUCCCUAAUUCUCCCAAUGGAGCAACCUUGAUCACGACAAGAAACCAGGAGUGCACAGAGUACGCGCCAGAUGGCGCGAUUCACAUCGGUGGUCUAGCAGAAAGCGAGGCCGUCGACCUCCUUCACAAGGUUGCCAAUAUCACGCCUACGUCCAACGAAGCAUCUCUGGAGAUUGUGCGAGAGCUAGGUGCGCUAGCACUUGCAAUAACCCAAGCGGGCGCAUAUAUCUUCAAAACUCGUCAACUCAGCAGCUAUCUCGCCACUCUUCGAGAUCAUCGAGAUCGACUUAUGCGAGAACGUCCAGUUAAGGGCGCUAAAUACGCGUAUUCAACAUAUGCAGCGUUCGAUCUUUCGUUCCAUCAGCUGCCAAACAAGACACAGGACCUGCUGAAGAUUUGUGCAUAUUUCCACCAUACGGGCAUUCCAAAGGCUCUUUUCAAGGUUUCGACCAACUCAGGCUUUACUGCUCGCACGAUUCUAGAGAAUUAUCCUCCGCCGGAGGGUGACACGGCUAUUAUUUCCAACCUCGAGGAGAUUCUUGGAUCGACUUGGGAUGAGAUUUCGUUCCAGGACUUGAUUGAUGCCGCACAGCGAGCCUCUUUUAUCAAUACACUCACCGACGACUCUGGAAGUAUCUUCUACUCGAUUCAUCCACUCCUUCAGAGAUACAUCACGGAUUCUCUUGGAGAUACUGCAAAAAUCUUUAUAAGCAUGGCUAGUCAGCUUUUGCUUGGAGCUACACGGCACUCAAAUGAGAGCAAUGCCCAGUAUUGGCAACUGCUAUCACACAUUGAUGCCCUUCCUUGGUCAUUAAAGACAGCAAGUAUCGCACAUGCCCUGGCAUUCUACGAGAUCUACGAUUCACUGGGGAUCUGGAAGGCAUGCCAUAAACUAUUACAGUUUGCACUUCCCACAGUCAAGGAGAUGGAUGGUCACCAGUCUGAUUCAUUGUGGAUAAUGUUAGAAAUUGCCAAGGUAGCAAGACUAGAUGGUGGACUGCAGGAAGCUGAACAGCUGGGCCAAGAGGUACUUGAUAUGUAUAUUGAGCUACAUGGACGACGCCAUCCAGCCGCCGUCACAGCAAUGGGCGAACUUGCAACUACACUAUGGGCUUGUGGUCAGCUGGACGAGGCUGAGAAGCUGGAACGAGAGGUGCUUGAUAUGCGUAUUGAGCUACAUGGACAACGCCAUCCAGACACCGUCACGGCAAUGGCCAACCUUGCAGCUACGCUACGAGCUCAUGGUCAGCUGGACAAGGCUGAGAAGCUGGAACGAGAGGUGCUUGAUAUGCGUAUUGAGCUACAUGGACGACGGCAUCCAGACACCGUCAAGGCAAUGGGCAACCUUGCAGCUACACUAUGGGCUCGUGGUCAGCUGGACGAGGCUGAGAAGCUGGAACGAGAGGUGCUUGAUAUGCGUAUUGAGCUACAUGGACAACGCCAUCCAGACACCGUCACGGCAAUGGCCAACCUUGCAGCUACGCUACGAGCUCGUGGUCAGCUGGACAAGGCUGAGAAGCUGGAACGAGAGGUGCUUGAUAUGCGUAUUGAGCUACAUGGACGACGCCAUCCAGACACCGUCAAGGCAAUGGGCAACCUUGCAGCUACGCUAUGGGCUCGUGGUCAGCUGGACGAGGCUGAGAAGCUGGAACGAGAGGUGCUUGAUAUGCGUAUUGAGCUACAUGGACGACGCCAUCCAGACACCAUCAGGGCAAUGGGCAACCUUGCAGCUACGCUACGGGCUUGUGGUCAGCUGGACGAGGCUGAGAAGCUGGAACGAGAGGUGCUUGAUAUGCGUAUUGAGCUACAUGGACGACGCCAUCCAGACACCGUCAAGGCAAUGGGCAACCUUGCAGCUACGCUACAUGCUCGUGGUCAGCUGGACGAGGCUGAGAAGCUGGAACGAGAGGUGCUUGAUAUGCGUAUUGAGCUACAUGGACGACGCCAUCCAGACACCGUCAAGGCAAUGGGCAACCUUGCAGCUACGCUACAUGCUCGUGGUCAGCUGGACAAGGCUGAGAAGCUGAAACGAGAGGUGCUUGAUAUGCGUAUUGAGCUACAUGGACGACGGCAUCCAGACACCGUCAAGGCAAUGGGCAACCUUGCAGCUAUGCUACGAGCUCGUGGUCAGCUGGACGAGGCUGAGAGGCUGGAACGAGAGGUGCUUGAUAUGCGUAUUGAGCUACAUGGACGACGCCAUCCAGACACCCUGGACGAGGCUGAGAAGCUGGAACGAGAGGUGCUUGAUAUGCGUAUUGAGCUACAUGGACGACGCCAUCCAGACACCGUCAGGGCAAUGGCCAACCUUGCAGCUACGCUACAUGCUCGUGGUCAGCUGGACGAGGCUGAGAAGCUGGAACGAGAGGUGCUUGAUAUGCGUAUUGAGCUACAUGGACGACGCCAUCCAGACACCGUCAGGGCAAUGGGCGAACUUGCAGCUAUACUGUGGGCUCGUGGUCAGCUGGACGAGGCUGAGAAGCUGGAACGAGAGGUGCUUGAUAUGCGUAUUGAGCUACAUGGACGACGCCAUCCAGACACCAUUACGGCAAUGGGCAACCUUGCAUCUACGCUACGAGCUCGUGGAAAAUUAGAAGAGGCCGCCGCGUUGGAGAGAGAAAGCGCUUGA